GGUGCCGGCGCCGCCGCGCUGCGUCUCUCCCGGUCCCGGCCGGCGGCACAGAGGAGACCGGGGGGAGGGGGGGCGGAUCCAUCAUGGCGUCUAUGCAGAAGAGGCUACAGAAAGAGCUAUUGGCUUUACAGAAUGACCCACCUCCAGGAAUGACCUUGAAUGAAAAGAGUGUUCAAAAUUCAAUUACGCAGUGGAUUGUAGACAUGGAAGGUGCUCCUGGAACAUUAUAUGAAGGGGAGAAAUUUCAGCUGCUGUUUAAGUUCAGUAGUCGAUAUCCAUUUGACUCUCCUCAGGUCAUGUUUACUGGUGAAAAUAUACCCGUUCAUCCUCAUGUUUAUAGCAAUGGUCAUAUCUGUUUAUCUAUUCUAACAGAAGACUGGUCUCCAGCUCUUUCAGUGCAAUCAGUUUGUCUUAGCAUUAUUAGCAUGCUUUCCAGCUGCAAAGAAAAGAGACGACCACCAGAUAAUUCAUUUUAUGUAAGAACAUGUAACAAGAAUCCAAAGAAAACUAAAUGGUGGUAUCAUGAUGACACUUGUUGAUGCCACCAUUUUGAGAGUCACCUAACAGAAGAUAGUCCUACUGAGAAAAUGAGCACUUUGAUCAUUCAGUCUUUGAACUUUAACCUCUGACUGGAAGUGACAAUAGGCAAUGAAGACUACUUCCUCUGACUGCAUUUUUACUAGUGUACAUUCUGGGCGCAUGUUGAUCGCUGGUUCAGUCCAUGCUACUGACAUGCUUUUCUUAGUCGUACAGUAUUAAUGCAGGUGUGGGAAAUAUCAGAAUUCCAUUUUUUAAAAUAAACUUUUGGAAGAAUUUUAGGUCUUCGUGUAUUGUGCAAUAAUAUGAUUCUUGGCAGCUUUGGUAUAUCCAUUGCUGGCAAAAGGUUGUAUCAGGAAACUUAUACCCCUGCCACAAGAAAAGGUAGAUGCAUGAUAGGGUCUAUGAAAAGUUUUAGGUAUAUUGGGAUUAUAAGUAACCUAUCAUUUUGAAAACCACCUAAUUGUUUAGUUUUGGAUUCUAUGCACUGUGAUCAUAAUACUAGCAGCGUGAAUUAAAACAUGCUUAGCUAAAGGACUAAUAAGAUCAUUGCAUAUUUAUUGAAUUGUCAAUAUUUUGACAUGGAAGACUUUCAGGUUAUAUCAGCAGAGAGGUACGUACAAUGUUAUCCCUAUGGCGAAAUAGAUACAUUUUGUGUGUAUAUCAUAUUUCUGAAGCAAAAGUAUGAAUAAAAUAAGGUAGGAAUGAUUUAAUCAAGGCAAACUUUGUUCUGGAAAUGGGAACAGAUGGCAGUGAUAGAACUGAAUUUGCUGCAGUCCUUGAAUGGGCUUGUUAAUAUGUACACUAGAGCUGUUUUCCAAGUAGAUUGCACACUGUUACUUCCUACUAGCCUUCAGCAUGAGCCCUGUUGCCUACACAAUAUUUCAUUUAUUUAUGUUUGGAAUUUUUUUGAGUUUAUGGUUUCUUUUGUGUUGUAUGUCAUGUUUGAAUGUUACAAAACUAUUUUCACUGAAAAGCUGUCAGAAGAUAUUUUCUUGUAAACUAUUUCUUUACCUUGUAAGCAUUAUCUUGUCUUUUAAUCCUGUAUUAUAAAGGAAAAAAUACAUUUUGGACAGAGAUGAACUGUUUUGACAAAAAAGUGUGGAUCUUUUUAUUUAAGUUUAGACAAAAGUAUAUUUUUCUUACCUUACUUGUCCCAUACAGCCAUAGCAAUUUUCCAAGUUUUUUUUUCAAAGAUCUAACUACAACUAGAUUUACCUUUUAUAUAGAAAAACAAUUGUUAAAUAACAGUGAAUUGUUCUUCACCACUGUAAUUUUGUGAUACUGCAUCUAGGCUGUCUCUUUAGGAAGCACUGAUGUCUUUUAUAAACUUACUACCUUUACACAUAUGCAAACUUUCUAUUUCAAUGCUCUUUUUAAUGUUGCCUUACUAUUGCACUAAACAAACAAACAAGAACCCUAGAAGUCAAUAAAUGAAUGUCUGAACUGAAUAAAACUUACUUGAUUUUUAAAGUAAGAACCGGAUCAGCAAAGCUUAAAAAAGCCUACCAGAGUUGGCUGAAGAUAAUUCUAGUGUUUUUUGAAAACUGCUGUAUAGUAACUUGCAAAUUUUAUAAAUAUGUACAUACUACUGUAUCUUUGCAAAUAUCUAAAACAGACAAUUGAUAAACUCAGGGGUGGGUGCAAAUAAACUGGGAAUAUAAUGUGGUGUUCAUUGGUGGCACUGAAUUACAAGCUACCAGUCUGGUAGAUGGUGUUUUAAACAAGAAACUGUUACUUUUUCUAUUUUGAGGGAAUCUUUAUUGGCCUCUUAAAAAGUUUGACAGAAGCUGUGGAUAUAAACUUGUGUACAGCUGUUUGCAAGCCUCCUGUACAAAAUGAAAAGUAUCACUUCUGAAUUUCUGUUAAGCCAAAAAUAUUAUUGAGGAAUUAGAACAUAUAUUUCUUGUUAUAGCUUCUUUAAUAUUUUCAUUUGUAAAUUAAACUACAACAGUCAACUAACAGAUAUUUACAAGUUGAUGGUAUGCAUGAGCAGUAACUGCUGAACAUUUCAUCCGUAUCUUCAUAUUUGCAAAACGUUUCACUUGAUGUAUGUGUUAGAAAACUAUGUAUAUUGUUCAUACAGCGGAAUUGCUUAAUCAUGUAAACUUAUUCUCCUAUCCACAGUGUUGGAACGUCUUUGUGCACCUGAAAGAAUGGGUUCAUCUGUGCAUUUAAAAGAUUAAUGUAAUUAUUCCAUACUGUGGAAUUGUUUUUAAAGAUUCUUUGUGUACAUUCUCAAAAUUCAUGCUUUAGUGUUGCACAUAUUUUGAUUCACUUAUAUAAAUACCACAGUAUGGAUUAAAUAGAAAUUACUAAGCAAGCAUUGAAGUAUCUGGGUUUCUUUAUGCUACUACUGUAUUUUUUUAAAAAAUGUGAAAUACGAUUAUCUAAAAAUACUGCAGUUCUUGCACUGAAGCAGCAAUAUAGGUUAGAAUAAACCUUAUAUAGAACAUAAUGUCCACACUGCAUAUUAACAGUAUAGUUCUUUUCCUUUGCUUCUUGGUAAUUGCAUCUUCCUGAAAAGAAAAUUAUUUAAGAAUUCUUCUUUCAAAUGCCUUUAAUAGAAUUGUGCACUAUGAAUAUGAGCUCCAAGUAUGCUACAGGCAUAUGUCAUGAUACAUAUGCAAUAUAUACAUGUGAGUGUAUGUGUGUUACCACAACAUGAUUUGUGCCUGGGUGAGGUGAUCUCAUACGGCAAAGUGUUGCUGGAAACAGAAAAUAUGUCAGCCAAAACAGAUCUUAUUUUGGUAUGCUGUUUUGCUGAAUGAUGUGCAUUUGGUACUUAUGUAAGCAGCAGCCAGCAGGGAUGUCUUAUGAAGACAUGACAGAAGUUUGUCCCAAAACUUUUGUUUUGGUUCUGGUGAUUUGAAAACUUACUGUAAAAUAUUUUGCUGAAAAGUCUUUUAAAACUAUAUUGAAAGAAAGAAGAAAAAAUCAUCUUGGCUAUGUCUGUAAUAAUUAGAGCAUCAAGCUUUAUUGCAGGCUGCUUCUCUCUUAUAAUGAUAAGUCUGUUAUACUUUCUGCAAGCAGAAAAGUUUUGGACUAGCUUAUUGAGAGGGACUUAAUUUUUAUGUAUGUCUCUUCUGCUGAGGUAUUCUACAUUCCUCAAUAAAGUACUUUUUCAAACAGAGCACCUGUUUUGCCUGGGUGAAAAUUACAUGAUUGAAUCUCAGAUUGCUUUGUCUUGCAUAGGAGCAGAGAAUUAGUAAUAUCAAAAGGGGUUGUUUUGAUGAAAUGCUGCCCAAAGUACUGCCCAUCUCUGUGUUUCCUAGCAUCCCACCAUCUUCUCUUAAACAGAGUCAAGUCUUGCUUUCCUCCACCUCAUUUGUAUAGGAGGUGCUUCAGAAGCGCUCAGGUGGCAUUGCCUUCGUGUCAACAGGGAACUGCCUAUUCAGGAACAUUGUUUGGAUUGUAGGAAGAUGCUUGGUGUGGACUUUCUCUCUACUUUUGUGAUUCAUUCCAGCCCAGAUGAGUCAUUUUUCUAAUGGUUCCCACUCAGUCCUCUCAGAACGUUAGAAGUGCCUACAAACUCAGCAAAGUUGGGUAUUCCUUUUCUGGAUGGUAAAAAGGCAGUAUUAAACAAAGCUUUAUUACUGAGGCCUGUACUUCAAGAAAGCUAUUUACUUCCUUCUAUAAUUUUGCAUCCUUUUGUCCUAAUUAGCAUUGAGUGCUUCAAGACUUAUGAGAAAUACAUUUCAUACUGAUUGAUCCAAAAUGACAUAGCACACUACAGUCUUCUCUACCUGUCCUUUCCAUCCUUCUCUGCUGCAUGAUUCAGGAAUUGAUAGAAAGACAAGAAAGGUGUUAUUUGAUCUAGAAAAAUACACAGUCAGAAUGUCAUCAAUGGUACGGGUGCAUUAUCAGAACUGGGUCAGCAUAGUUAUAAUUUGAAGGCUGCCUUGCAAACAUCUGUGUUCAUCCUAUACAUGUUUGAGUUCGCAGUUUGCACAUCUGUGUCCUAGGCAAAUUGCAAGUCACGAUGAGGGAGUAUUUGAUGUUUGCCAAGAAUAUUAUUUACCUGUAGUAGUACUGACUGGGGAGCAGUGGUAUGACUGAUCUAAUCAAACCUUACUCUUCUCCUUGCAUUGUUAAUGGGGGAAGGUCACUGAUGAAUUUUGUGAGCCCAGAACCAUUCCAUUGCUUAAUAAUUUGAAACACUGAUUACAAGAAUAAAUUGAUGUCUUUGCUGUC